CUGUCAUACACGUUAAGCGAAGCGUUGGGCUGUCGUUUGUCUUACGCGUGCAAUUAUAACACUCGCAAAGUCUGGCCAGAACUGGCAAGUAUCGGUUUAAUUACUAAGCCGCCCGGAGUGCAAUCAAUGAAGUGGUGUUUAGUGUCAUGAUUCAACGCAUGCAAUGGCAACGGGUCAUUAUUAUUACACCCCCGGCUUGUACGAGCAAUCGUAUAAAGGCGAAAGCUCUACGGUACGGGGAUAAAGUUUCCCGGUCCAAAUCAUGCCCGAUAGACGCUGGUUUGUGUUCGCAGUUCGUACGAUGCUGUUUGUAGCAUGAACAAAGUGGGGUUUGUGGUGACAUUGUGUGCUCAGUUUUUGGUCCAACAUGCGCAUGGAGCUAUGACUAUGAAGCAACUGACUAACUCGAUGGACAUGAUGCGUUCAGCCUGUGCUCCUAAAUUUAAAAUUGAAGAAGCGGAUCUGCAUGGGUUAAGGAAAUCCGUUUUUCCUGCCGAUCCUGAUAAAGAUCUAAAGUGUUACACCAUGUGCAUUGCCCAGAUGGCGGGAACUAUGACGAAGAAAGGCGAAAUCAGCUUCUCCAAAACAAUGGCCCAAAUUGAGGCGAUGCUUCCGCCCGAGCUGAAAACGAUGGCAAAGGAAGCAUUAAGCCACUGCAAAGACACACAGGCUUCCUACAAGGAUCCAUGUGAUAAGACAUACUUUUCUGCAAAAUGUGCUGCCGACUUUAGCCCCGAUACCUUCAUGUUCCCAUGAGAAUAACGCCAAGGAAAUGGAUACCGAUGUUACUGGAACGAUACCGAUGGAAUUGCUUUUAAUAAUGCUCCGAUUCUACUGAACUCUUAUUGGCUGAUGUCUUUGAUGGGGAUGUUCUUUACGUUUAGAUUGCACAACUUACACGGUUUGGAGUUAAGCUCUUUGUAGGAUCAGACAAUAAAGAUAUACCAAAGAUGUAUUAAGCAUCGAUUAUUAUUA